CUUUUUUAGACAUGCAGAGUUAUAGACAUGUUAUAGCCACCUGUGCACAGAUAAGAGUCGUCAAGUCAGAUGUCUUUAUGGACCCUUUCUUUAAAAACUACACAAACACGAAAGACAAAACUCUCAAACACCACAUACUAAAUAUCCAACAACUGGUUCAAGAAAUAUGCUGCGAAAACUGGAAAUAGCUAAAAAAGAUGUACAGACAAAGUGUCCUGUCAAAUCUAGAGAAAAAGACACCAAAAAGCAAGAGGAAGAGGACAAAAACCUAAAUGUUUGUGAAGCUUCCAGAGAAUAUCUAGAUAUAUUGUCUACUGCCACAGCAAACGCACAAGUUUCAGACUCUCUUGGCUCAGAAAUAGAUGAAAUAAUUGACUCUCCGCCUGUAGAGAAAAAAAACAAACUGAAAAAUAAACUGAAGGAGUUAGAGAAUGUUACACUUAACAUUGCUAUAACUGGGAUGACAGGGGCAGGGAAGUCUUCCUUAGUCAAUGCCCUCAGAGGCCUUCCCAAUGAUCAUAAGGAUGCAGCUCCCACAGGAACAACUGAGACUACCAUGAAGCCCAACAUGUACCCACAUCCCUUCAUGCCAAACGUGAAGAUCUGGGACCUGCCUGGAAUCGGUAGUCCAAGAUUUAGAGCAAAGAAGUACCUGAAAGAUGUUAAUUUCCACACAUAUGACUUCUUUCUCAUAGUGACCUCUGAAAGAUUUAAGGAGAAUGACAUCGAGCUGGCCAGAGCGAUCAAGAAGAGGAAGAAGGUAUUUUAUUUUAUUCGUACUAAAAUUGACAACGACAUUCGUGCAGAAUUACACAAAACUAACUUUGAUGAGCGGAUGUUACUCGAAACCAUCCGAGAGGAUUGUACAGUGAACCUAGUGAGUAUCGAAAUACCCAAAAUAUUCUUAAUCUCUUCCUUUCAAGUGGAAAAUUAUGACUUUCCGAAGCUGAUCAACACCUUGGAAUAUGAAAUUCCCAAAAAGAAAAAAAUUGCUCUUAUUCAGUUUUUGCCCGUUUAUUCUUUUCAGAAAAAUAAACUGAAGGAGUUCGAGAAUGUUACACUUAACAUUGCUGUAACUGGGAUGACAGGAGCAGGGAAGUCUUCCUUAGUCAAUGCCCUCAGAGGCAUUCUUAAUGAUGAUAAGGACGCAGCUCCCACAGGAACUGAAACUACCAUGAAGCCCAACAUGUACCCACAUCCCUUCAUGCCAAACGUGAAGAUCUGGGACCUGCCUGGAAUCGGUAGUCCAAGAUUUAGAGCAAAGAAGUACCUGAAAGAUGUUAAUUUCCACACAUAUGACUUCUUUCUCAUAGUGACCUCUGAAAGAUUUAAGGAGAAUGACAUCGAGCUGGCCAGAGCGAUCAAGAAGAGCAAGAAGCUUUUUUAUUUCAUUCGCACAAAAAUUGACAACGACAUUCGUGCAGAAUCAAACAAAAGAAACUUUGAUGAGCGGAUGUUGCUUGACAACAUCAGAAAGGAUUGUAAAGCAAAUCUACUGAGUGUUGAAACACCCAAAAUGUUCCUAGUGUCUUCAUUUAAUUUGGAAAAAUAUGAUUUUCAGGAGCUGAUCGACACCCUUGAAGAGGAACUUCCAGAGAACAAGAAAUUUGCUCUCAUUCAGUCUUUGCCCAUUUAUUCUCUAGAGGCCCUCACAAAGAAGAAAACAUACUACAAGAAAAUGAUUUGGCUAAACGCCUUAGCAGCGGGAGUUGGGGCCAUACCUCCAAUCCCUGGAUUGUCACUGGCCUGUGAUUACGGCAUCAUGAAGAAGUUUUUUCAGCAAGUCUUCGCAGGUUUUGGUUUAUCAAAUCAGGCUCUAGAGGUGCUAUCAGAACGAGUGAACAAACCGGUGGAGCAGCUAAAAGCCGCUAGGACUUCACGCUUCAAAGAUGGGGCCACUGAGGAUAUUGUGAUUGAUAUGCUGUCUAAACCAAAGAUUGCUAUAGCCAAGACUCUGGGGACUGUAAUGUCUAUGCUGCCAGGAGGAGCUCUACCUGCAGGAGGAACGGCCGUCGCUACUGUACACUACCUGCUUAAUAUGGGACUCAAUGAGAUGGCAGAAGACACCAAACGUGUUCUCUCUGUGUCACUGCUUGCCUAAUAGACAGAAAAAGUAGCCUCAGAUCCAGAUGACAAAUCAUAUAAAUAACUGUGUUGAAGCAGAAAAAACGUGUUGUAGUACUAAAAAAAAUAAUCAUAAUAAUUGUAAUCUUUUUUUUUGUGUGAUUAUGAUUCAAAUAAAAAAACGAAAAUGUGCUCAUGAAUGUGCGUUCGAAAUAAAAAAAACAGUUUUGGUUUUCCCAAUGUAAUGUAUAUUUCUAUACCAAUGUUUCUUUCAUUUAUGUCUAUAUAUAACUAUGUUUGCUUAGGCCCAUAACCACCUAUGAGGUCAGCGAGGUCCGAUCCUCUGUAAAUGUUUCAUGUUCAACAGAAAUAAAAUUUGUUCUCUGAAUUAAUAAUUUGAUGUUUAACUCCUCAUACAUGUGCAUGGCAUGUAUAAUUCAGACAGUUUGAAUCACUGUGAAGCGCUGGCAGAGUGAACAAGGCUUGAGAGAGGAGGCGCCGACGCAGUCUCCAUGUUGCUAGAUCUAGAUGUUAUAUGCUUUUUUUGAACUUCUCAUUUUCACUUAAUUUGAAAAUUUAGAAAGUUAAUCAAAUAAGAUAUGGCAGUUUACGGUCAGCAAUAUAUUUAUAUAUUUUUAAUUGCAAAAGUUUUUUUUUUGUUUUUAACAAACAUCUGCAGUGCAAUUCUGUCUCUUCUAAAGUGUUUAUAGUAUGUAAAACAGGUUGUAUUUAUAGGGGUUAUUAUAUCACGGUUUAAAGUACCCCUAGUAUGCACUUUAGAAAAUGUACCUCUCAUGCAGUAUGUAACACAGGUUUAAGUGAAUAAAAACAUUCU